AUGAACAACACUGGAAAUCCUGGGAAGGAGAUGGACCGUGCCGAACACCCUGGGAAGGACAGUGACAGCAGGGUGACCUUGACAACAACCAUGGGCCUGCAAAAGGAAACGUGUGAAGUGAACUUUUCCCAUCCUGACAACACAUCAACCUCACAGGAAAAUACCCUAGGCCCAUGUCUUGUACCUCGGUCCUUUAUCCCAGCUCAGGGUGUUGAAAAUCAUGUUGUUAAACAGACUGGUGAGACACGCUACAUGUGUGAGGUAUGUGGGUCCAGGACGGCUAGAAAAUGUAACUUAGCCCUACAUAAGAGAACCGAUACGGAAGAAAUCUCUUUCGAGUCUGACCAGCGUGACUAUUCUGAGGCUCAAAAAGGCCAUUUGGACAAUCACCGGAUACCAAAAACUAGUGUUGACAAACCCUACAUGUGUGAGAAGUGUGGGUACGGAACAUCAUCACAGAAAUCCGCUUUGAACACCCAUCUAAAAACGCACACUGGCGAGAAACCCUUCAUGUGUGGAGAGUGUGGACACCGAACGAUGACAAAGCUCUUGCUAGUCCAACACAUGAGAACCCAUACAGGUGAAAAACCUUAUGGCUGUGAUCUGUGCGAGUAUUCUGCAGGGGUGAAAGCUUGUUUAGAACGGCACAUCAUGGUAAAACACACGGGUGAGAAACCUUACAAGUGUAGCGAGUGUGAAUUCAAGACGGCCGAUAGCUCCCAUUUUUACAAACAUAUGAAAAAACAUUCUGGUGAGAAGCUACCCCCGCGUAAGAAAUCACAUAAGUGUGGUGAGUGCGACUAUUCAACAUCACAGAAAUGCCGGUUGGACCAACACAUCAUAAGUAAACACUCCGGGGAGAAACCCUACAGGUGUGACAAGUGCGACUUGAGAACUGCCUCCAAGUCCCGUCUAUCUCUACAUAUGAGAAAACAUGAGAACCCCUACAAAUGUCACCAGUGUGACUUUUACGAAAGAAAAAUCAUACCUGUGCGAAGAGUGCGGAUAUAG